UUGAUGUUUUUCUGUUUGAAUCGUGUUUAUUUCGUUGAUCGUUGAUUGCUCACAACUUUUCUUUGUUAAUUUUAUAGUAUAUUACCAUUCCUAAUUAAUUCACUAUGAGCGAAAUUGAUAAUUUAGCUGAUCAGUUGUCAUCCACUAAAGUUGAAGAUGUUGAAAAAGAAGUAAGUUUUGUUGGACAAGGCUUGUCUCUUGAUACCGCUAAAGAUGCCGCACAAAUCGUUGAAGCUAUCCAAAAUUGUCCUGGUAUGACUACUCUAAAAUUAGAGGGCAAUACUUUUGGAAUCCCGGCUGCAGAAGCAGUAGGAAAAGCUCUUGAAAGCCAGCAAAAUUUCAGAAAAGCAUUAUGGAAAGAUAUGUUUACCCGGCGUUCCAAAGAUGAAAUCCCUAAAGCCUUGACUUUUUUAAGCAAUGGAAUCAUGACAGCCAAAGCUCAACUUGUGGUGUUAGAUCUAAGUGAUAACGCUUUCGGUCCUCGAGGUUUAGUCGGUCUUCAAGAUCUUUUACAGUCAUCUUCAUGCUAUACUUUGCAAGAACUUCACUUAAACAACAAUGGCUUAGGUAUUUCUGGUGCAAAAAUGCUCUCCGAAGCGAUAUGCAAUUGCAUUGAAAAUAGUCGGAAACACGGUACUCCUUUGAGCUUAAAGAUAUUUGUUUGCGGCCGUAACAGAUUGGAAAAUGAAGGUGCUAAAGCUGUAUCUAAGUUUAUUAAACAGUUGGGCAGUCUGGAGUCUGUUGCGAUGCCUCAGAAUGGUAUCUAUUCUCCUGGUGUUACACGUUUGGCCGAAGCUUUUCGCUGCAAUCCAAAUUUAACAGUUAUUAAUUUAAAUGACAACAGCUUGACGGAAGAAGGAGCAAAACUAAUUGCAGGUUGUUUACCUUCACUGAAGCAAUUACAGUUGCUUAAUUUAGGAGAUUGCUUGUUGAGGAAUGAGGGGGCUAAGGUCCUGGCAAAAUCUCUCCAAGUUAAUUGUGAACAUUUGAUCGAGUUAAAUCUGGGAUUCAAUGAGAUUGAAAAAGAUGGAGGGUUGGCGAUUGUUAAAGCGAUUGAGAAUAAAUACACAUUGCAGAGUCUUAUUUUGAAUGGAAAUCAAUUCGGAAAUGUCGGAUGCCAAUUGAUUGAAGACAAGAUGAAAGAUAUAAAUAAAUUAGAUUUUUUAUCCUCUUUGAGUGAAGAUGAAGGUGACGAAGAUGAUGACGAUGAUUAUGAUGGAGAUGAAGAACAUGAGGAUGAGCAUGCUGAUGAUGAAGAGUACAUUGUAGAUGAGGAAGAUGAAGAGACAGAUACUGAAGAUGAUGAUUCAGUUGAAGAAAAAGAACUGACUCAAAAAUCAUACCAAAGCCCCAUGUUUAGAGUUACUACUCCUGCCGAUUUCAUUGCUAAUCCAUCUGUCGAAGGAUUAGUUUCACUUGAAAAAUCUAAUAUUGCUUUAAAAGCUAUCUUACCUGAAAAUCCUACUCUUAAUGACUCUCUUGAGUUAUUUAUGAAAGUCGCAUUGACUCUAAAUCCAGAGAAUACUGCAGAAAAAGAGACAGCCUGUAAAUUUUCUGAUUAUAUUUUAAGCCAAGCUUUUAAAACGGCUAAUAUCUCAGAGUUUAACAACACAUUUCUGGUGCAUAUUAACUUGCUUAAAGGCGAAGAUAAAAAACCCAAAAAGAAUCUUGACAUAAGUGGAGCUUUGGCAAUUCUCGAACACUCCGUGAGGCAACCAUAUUUCCAUGCCUCGACUCGGGACUUGUUGCAGUUUUUCUUAUCCAGACCAUUGCCAUACGCUUCAACUUCAGAAAAAAUAAAACAUUCUCUUAUGCAGGCAUUAUACCAAGUUUAAUUUCUUGUUAAUAGAUGUGAAGUAAUUUUGUGUACGUACAUAUUUGCUGAUGUACAAAAUUUCUGUUUGAAAUUACUCUUUCUGAGUAUAAAGAGUCCCUUAAUGCAACCAAAAUCUACGUUGAAUUAAUAAUUUUUUUUCCCAUUUGUAAUAAAUUAUUAAGCAUGACUCGAUAUAUUGAUACAUUUUCAAUAUAGUCAGCAUUAUUAAAUUAUUACCGACGGUUUGCAUUCCACCAUUAAAUGUAUGUAAAUAUUUAAGAAUAAAAUGUUUUCAUUUAAUAAA